AUGGAGACGUACCACGACGCGCGCAUCCAGUUCGUCGGGAAAGUCAGCGACCUCGCCUUCUCCCCGCAGAACGCGGAGGCGUUCUUUUCGUUGGGCGCCAUGCAGCUGCUCCUGCCGCUCAUGCAUGACGUCAUGUCGUCCGUGCGAUCCGCCGCGAUUCUCUCGUUGGGCCGCCUCGCCAACGUGUCGGACACGUGGGCCAAUGACAUCGUCGAUCGCAACAUACUCCCCGACCUCUGCAAGGCUCUCGCCGGCAACAACCGGCACCACAAGCGCGCCGCCGCGUUCGCCGUCAAGGCCGUGGCGCGCCACGCUGGCGCUGAGCUGGCGGCGGUCGGCAGCAGCGGCCCGGGUAGCGUGCUGCCGGUCCUCGCGGAGUGCCUCACAGACGCGAUGCCGGCCGUGCGCGAAACGGCCGCGUGCGCUUUGGGCCACGUGGCGAAGCAGAGCCGCGAAGCGGCGACGCGCGUGAUAGAGACCGGCGCGGUGGCGACUUUAAUAGGGUCGCUACACGACGAGGAGGUAGCGCGAAUGGCGCUGUCGGUUCUAGGAGACAUCGCGCGGCACUCCGCGGAACACGCGACUAUUGUGGCGGACGGGGGGAGAGGGGAGGCGGACGGCGGGGCGGGCGCAGCGGAAGGCGGGGCGAUCGGGAGAAUCGUGGCGCUGCUGGGAUCGAAGGACGUGAAGAUGCGCCGCCAGGUGUGCGUGUGUCUGUCGCAAAUCGUGAAGCACUCCGAAGCUCUCGCCAUUCGCGUGGCGUGCGCGGAGGGCAUAUCGCGCCUCUUCCUCUGUCUGCACGACUCCGACCAAGCCCUCCGCCGCAACGCCGCCUUCGCCAUGCGCGAGAUUGCGCGCAAGUCGCCCGCCGCCGCGGACCGCCUCAUACACCUGGGCGCAAUCGGCCCCGUUAUAGACGCGGUUCUUACAGAGGAGGGCGGCGCGGGUUCCGCGCGCCUGGCGGUCGUGCAGGCGCUGGGGCACCUCGCGGGCGCGGGGGGGGAGGGCGCGCUGGCGAUAGUGGCGUCUGAGGGGGUCGCGCCGCUUAAAGAGCUGCUGAUUCAGGCUGACGUGGAGGAGAGCGUGCGCGGCGCGUGCGCGUGGGCGCUGAGUCAGAUCGGGCGGCAUAGUUCGGCGCAUGUGAAGGCCGUGGCGGAUUCUGGAGCGUUGAUUGACAUGGUGACGGUGGCGACCGUUGAUCUCGCACAUGCUGCUUCUGGUGCUAGCAACGCUGCUGGUGGCGCUGCUGCUGCUUCGCUGGCAGCAGUCGAGGCGCGCACGAGAAUAGUGAGGGCCUUAAAAGACCUAGUUAGUGGGGUGGGCGAGCUCGAGUCGCUAGACUCGCUGCUACAGUGGACCACUCUCCCCGAAGGGGUGCUAGAAGCGGUGCUUCUGCGAAUCUUCCACGUCCUUAAUAGCAGCAGCAACGCCUGCCGCUCCACCUUCGUCCAAUCGCGAGGCUUCGCGAAGCUGCAGAGGUUGCACGAGGAGGCAGAGGCGAGGAGAGCGGCGGCUAACGCGGCGGGUGGAGAGGGAGGAGCGGGAGGAGCGGCUUGUGUGCAUAACGGGGUGGACUAUAACGCGGUUUACGACCAUAUCGCCAUGAUCAACACGUUCUUCCCGUUUGAGGUCUCUGUAACGUACCCGCCGGAGUACCAGCAGCGGCUACUGGAGAAGCUUACAGCGAGUAUGAACGCGGACUCGUCUGGGUCUGGGUCCCCCGGGAAGAAGGGCAAGGGGAAGCUUCCGCGUCUCAAGAUAGGCAAGGGGGGGUACCUCGUGGGGAAGGGCGGUUGGGAGGAGGCGGAGCUGUCGCCUGGGGAGAGCGAGGAGGAGGUGGGGAAGCGCCUGGGGAUGGCGGACCUGGUCGGGGGAAGGAAACCGCAUGGGAUGGCGGGGGAAGCGGGGGAGGCGGAGAGGAGUGGGGAAGGGGAGGGAGGGGAUGCGGUGGUGGUGGAAGAGAGGAGCGGGGAGAGCGGAGCUGUGUUGGCGGGUGAAGGAGGGGAGAGUGCGGAUUCGGGGGAGAGGAGAGGAGAGGCGUCCAGCACAGGCGGGAAGAAUCCCACCCCCACCCCCUCCACCUCCUCCCCCUCCCCUCCCGGGCAGCUUCUAUUAGAGCAGCAGGCUGAUGGGCUGUGA